AUGGCGAGGGUGAGGCCGGGGAAGUUCAGAUGGAUGAGAUCAGACGGCAGGGCAUGACUAAGAGGCCCGUAAACCGAGGCGCUCCCCGCAAAUGCCAGGCCGUCGCAGUUUAGCCUCGGUCCGGUGCGACGACUUGGACUGAGCAUCGCGAUCGCCCUGUCCUCAUUACCGAACCACCUAUCAUCCACCAUGGGUCUACUGUUCAACUACACCCCAAGUUUCUUACUCACUUAGACAUCACCCAAUUCUCACUGCAUCGACUCGCACUUGUCCGACACACGCCCUGAUCCCCCCUAUCCGCUUGUUUCGUCAUGGCUGGAGCCGUACGUCAGCCGAUCGACGUUCCUUCGCUGGAGCGCUACAUCGACAAGAACGUGCCAAUUAUACAGACUCCGUUGGAGAUCAAGCAAUUCGGUUUCGGACAAUCGAAUCCCACCUACCAGCUGAUCGCCGCCGAUGGAAAGAAAUAUGUGUUGCGCAAGAAACCUCCCGGCAAACUACUGUCGAAGACGGCACAUAAAGUCGAGCGCGAAUACAAGGUCAUUCAUGCCCUAGAGCAGACCGACGUCCCCGUACCGAAAGCCUAUUGCCUCUGCGAGGAUAGCAGCGUCGUUGGAACCCCAUUCUAUAUCAUGGAAUUUUUGGACGGGCGAAUAUUCACCGACCCGGCCAUGCCCGAAGUCGGCGCGGAGGAGAGAAAUGCACUAUGGAAAGACGCGGUCCACACGCUCGCCAAGUUUCAUCGAGUCGUUCCCAAAUCGAUCGGAUUGGAGGGGUUUGGGAAACCGUCGGGCUUCUAUGAUCGGCAGAUUGCCACGUUCACAGCGGUCUCCAGGGCACAGUCCCAGGCGGUGGACGUCGAAAGCAAGGAGCCCGUGGGCGAAUUACCGCAUUUUAUGGACAUGGUACAGUUCUUCUCCAACAAGGCCACUCAGCCUCAGGACCGCGGCAGCCUGGUGCACGGCGACUACAAGAUCGACAACAUGGUCUUCCACAAGACGGAGCCGCGGGUGAUUGGCAUCCUGGACUGGGAGAUGGCCACGGUGGGCCACCCGCUGUCGGACCUGUGCAAUCUCACGAGCCCGUAUUUCCUGGACGGUACGGAUCACAAGACCGAGGAGUUCCAACCCGACGCCAUUCCGGGCCUGCCCACGCGUGAUGACUGCGUGCGGUGGUAUCGCGACCUGGCGGGUUGGGACCCGACCCCUGAUAUACUUUGGGGCGACGCAUUCUUUUCGUGGAGGAGCUCCGUGAUCAUGCAGGGUAUCAAAGCUCGGUAUGCGCUGAGACAGGCUAGCAGCGCUAGGGCGCAGGAGUAUGCCCAAAAGACCGUGCCGCUUGCUUUGGGGGCGUGGGAACGGGUCCGACAAGUGCAAGCCGAAUUGCCCCCAAAAGGCAAAUUGUAAACCACCGACCCGGUUGCCCUCCCCCCCCUUCCUUCCGCGCUGGCUCUGUUCUCUCGGGGAAUGAGGAUGAAGGGAUGGGUGGGAUUGUGGAGUUGGGGUUUUAUAGUUCGCGGCCCAGCGCCGCCUGCGGCCGCCGAAUCUUCUUACUAAAUGUGGCAAGCAUAACGAUUGACGCAGGAUUUCUCAAACCGUUGACUCCCUGGUGGAUAUGAGAUUAGGGUCGUCUUACUCUUAUGCUCCGCAAGGAUUUUGGAUCUUCGGCUACUCCGUGUAAUCCUGAUAUUCCUGUCAAUCACUUGGCGUUGUUAGUUGACUAGAGUCAUCUACGCA